AAUCGUCUUGGUGGCUUUGUAGCACUGAAAAUGAGAAUUUUGUGUCAGCAAGUCAAACUGGACAUACAAUACAAUCUCCUUUACAAAGAUAUUGAAGUAGAUCUGUUGAGCUUAAAAAUCCCUCCCUAUUUCAACUAUAUCUGGGAUAUAAGUUUUGUAAUGAUAGAAGACAGGCUAACUGAUCUUUUUGAGUUAUUUAUUAAAAAUUUGGAAAACUUUUCUAAUGAGAUUGAUGAUGAGGAUGAGCAAUCAGAAAUAUAUAAUAGAGAAAUUCGUGACGAUUGGAUAAUUUUAGCUAAAAUAAGCUCGAAUACAAUUGUCGAUAGUUCUUCUGGGUUGGGUUUAAGUUAUGCAGAUUGA